AUGGCUGCAACACUGAGGAACGUGAUCGUAGUAGGCGGGUCGUAUGUGGGCAUGGCCACGACCAAGGAAUUGGCCUCUAUAUUGCCUGCAACCCAUCGUAUUCUCCUGGUUGAGCCUCAUAGCCACUUUCAUCACUUGUUCGCAUUCCCCCGCUUCGCAGUGUUGCCAUCGCACGAACACAAAGCGUUCAUCCCGUACUCUGCCGCUUUUACCUCCGCACCAGCUGCGUCGCAGGCCCAACACGCAGUUGUACAAGCUAGAGUAGAAUCGCUACGCUCUGAUAGGGUAGUACUCGACCGCGAAUGGCAAGGCUCAAAAGAGAUUCCAUUUGACUUUUUGGUGGUUGCAUCUGGCACAAAACUCCAAGCACCCGGUUCCAUGCAAGAUGACGAGAAGUCGUUAUCGGUCAAGUACUUCCAGGAGUACCAGAAGCGCAUCUUGAAGGCGAAGUCGGUUGUCAUCGUGGGAGGUGGCGCGGUUGGCGUGCAAAUGGCAACAGAUCUCAAGGAAUUAUAUCCAGCAAGUGAGAAAGAGGUUACUCUCGUGCAUUCUCGGAGUCAGCUUAUGCCUUUAUACCACGAGAAGCUCGAUCUGAUCAUCAAGGAGAGAUGCGAAGAGCUCGGUGUCAAGCUCGUGCUUGGAUCCCGAGUUGUUAUGCCCGCAAGCGGACUGGAGCCAGAUGCAACCUCGAUUCAAUUGCAGAAUGGCACCACGGUGUCGGCAGACGUGAUUGUUCCGGCAGUGGGCCAGACACCAAAUACGCAGUUCCUUUCUGGUCUCACACCUUCGUCCAAAGACUCUUUAAUCAAUCCCGCGAACCGCUUUAUUCGCGUAAGGCCAACGCUACAGUUCCAAGACCCGAAGUAUCCCAACAUCUUCGCUGUUGGUGAUAUUGCAGACAGCGGUGCUCACAAGGCAGCGCGUCCCGGGGCUGCUCAGGCAGCUGUUGUCGCCAAAAACGUUGUUGCAAUGGUCGAGGGCAAGGAGCCCACCGAGAAGAUCAUGGUCAGCCCGCCAGCAAUACAUCUCAGUCUUGGUUUGACCAAGAAUUUGGUAUUUAGGAAUCCUAACACCGCAGAAGGAGAUACCGAGCCAACCAUUAUACCCAGAGAAGAUGGCAAGAAAGAUAUGGGCAUCGAUGGCGUCUGGGCGAGACGAGGCGUUGAGGUUACAGACCCUGCGCAAUACCAUUUGUGA